AGGGUUCCCUCUGUCUCUCUCUCUCUCUCUAUCUCUCUCGUUUUUUCUUUUCUUUUUAUUUUUUCUUCAGCUGCUGCUGCGGCUAAACCCUAGGACUGAGGGGACCCUUUCAUUUCAAUACUCAUUUCUAUAACCCAGUCGGUGCUCUGUAUAGCCAUGUCAGGAUAUAAUCCGAACUUCUCACCUGCAAGAUCUGUGUCUCCACAGAUUAGGAGUACCCUUGAUGUGGACAGUAAUCAGUACUUGUCAGAGCUGUUGGCGGAGCAUCAAAAGCUUGGACCUUUCACUCAAGUUCUUCCCAUAUGUACCAGGCUGUUGAAUCAAGAGAUCUUGAGGGUAUCUGGAAUGUUGCCGAACCAAGGUUUUGGUGAGCUAGAUAGACUGAGACAUAGAAGCCCCAGUCCUAUGGCUUCCACAAAUCUAAUGUCAAAUGUUGCUGGAGCAGGAUUGGGUGGUUGGAAUGGACUUCCUCAGGAGAGGUUAAGUGGUCCCCCUGGAAUGUCGAUGGAUUGGCAAGGGGCGCCAGCAAGCCCUAGUUCAUAUACUGUGAAAAAGAUAUUGCGUUUAGAAAUCCCAGUUGAUACUUAUCCAAACUUCAAUUUUGUAGGACGACUUCUUGGCCCCAGAGGAAAUUCACUGAAACGUGUGGAAGCCACUACAGGGUGCCGUGUAUAUAUCCGAGGAAAAGGUUCUAUUAAAGACCCAGACAAGGAAGAAAAAUUACGGGGGAGACCAGGAUACGAGCAUCUGAACGAACCACUCCACAUUUUGAUCGAGGCUGAUUUACCUGCCAACGUUAUUGAUAUUAGACUCAGACAGGCACAAGAGAUUAUCGAAGAAUUGCUCAAGCCUGUGGACGAGUCACAGGACUACAUAAAGCGACAACAAUUGCGUGAGUUAGCCAUGCUGAAUUCAAAUUUAAGGGAAGAGAGCCCCGGGCCAAGUGGCAGCGUGUCACCUUUCAAUACUAGUGGAAUGAAACGUCCCAAGACUGGCCAUUAUAAAUGUUGAUGAAACCUGCCAUCAUCGAUACAUCAUACAUGAAGAGGAGGUUCUGUUUCUGAUUUACAUAGUCAUGGCUGGCUAUUAUACCUUUCGGUUCACCGCUUAUUUGCACUGUUACCUGAAACCAAGAAUAUAUUACGAGAAACAUACCAAGUGGUGGGGGGCCCUUGCGUGUGGGAUUUUCCAGUGGGCUUUUACUUCUCUUUACAUCUCAAAUAGCAUAAAACAAUGGGAGUACAGAGGAAGGGACAUAAGUUGUUUUUUUUUUUUUAUACAGUUGCCUUAAUUUAUAAGGUUGGUCGUGCGAGUUGGAGUUUCGUGUGGGUUCUUGUGGAACUUCAUUCUUUGGAUUUAUUUGUCAUGUUAGUAAAUUGUAGUGUGAAAUAUGCUAGCAAAAUUACUAUUAUUAUUGUUAUUA